CCACCUCGUGUUCUCAGUCAUCGUCGAGGUACUCUCGGUGGAAGCCUUUUUCGCCCAUCAAUUCAAGGUGGGACAAACCAAGCGCUCAUGUGCGUCGGGAUCGAACGACUGGCAAACGAUGCGAAGUUCUUGCAAACGCGGCUCACCGAGUUGAACAGCUGGGCGGGCAAUCUGCAUUCGUUGCAGACUAUUGGUCUCCAAAGUGGCACGAAUGAUAGAGGUGACGUGACCAAGAUUGCUGACCGACUCAACCACUGCAUUUCAACAGGUAACUCAUCUAUAAAAUAUCAGCCUAUUGACAUUAUGAGUGGCUUCCGUCUCUUCUAG